UCCACACCCAAGCAAUUCAUUUUGCAGAGACCAAAGAACAUUCGAACAAUACUCUUGUGCCCAAACCAUGUCGUCAUCCCCAUAUAUCCUCUCUUUUGUCCGUGAUUCUAUUCAUCAACCAAGCUAGUCCUGCCAUGACCAUCGAAACAGAGAUUCCUCUGGGUUCCAGAAUCGGCGCAGCUGGCACCCAAAGUUGGGUCUCCCCCUCGGGGCGCUUCGCCUGUGGCUUCUAUCCUGAGGGUGAAGGAUUCUCCAUUGGGGUGUGGCUUGUGAUAGGCACAUCUAGAUCCAUCAUGUGGACUGCCAACAGAGAUGAUCCCCCUGUUUCUGGUGGUUCAGUUGUGCUAACCUAUGGCGGUUCACUUCAAUGGAUUCCAGCUAACGCAGGUAGCCAAGGGAAGUCCAUAUCUGCCACCUCUACUCCAGCUGCCUCUGCUGGCAUGUUGGACACCGGUAACUUCGUCUUGUUUGACAUGAAGAAACAGGUCAUAUGGUCCACCUUUAGUUCUCCGUCGGACACCUUAUUACCAGGGCAAAAUCUACCUCCUGGCAGUCAACUCUUCUCAAGUGUAUCUGACACUAACCAUGCCACAGGAAAGUAUCGCCUUUUCAAUCAGGAAGAUGGUAACCUUGUGAUGUAUCCUGUGGGCGCGAUAGACCCUGAUAGUUCAUACUGGAAUACUGGCACAUUCGGCAGCGGCUAUCUUCCCACGCUCUCAUUGGAUCCCAACGGCACCUUAUGGCUGUUCAACCAGAAUUCCGCAUAUACAGAUGUGUUGUUCCUGGCUAAUCGGUCAUCUUCUAAUGCUUCCCCAGACAUACGACAGAGCUUCUUCCAUCUGACAUUGGGUGCUGAUGGUAUUUUGCGACUUUACUCCCUUGUGUUCUCUGGUAAUGGGAAAGCGCCCAUAACAGAGGUCAAAUGGCUGCAGCCCAGCAGCGAUCGCUGCCUUGUCAAAGGCGUUUGUGGUCCAAAUAGCUACUGCCAAGUCACUGCUAAUGGGGAAACUAGCUGCUCUUGUCUCCCUGGUUUUGAAUUUUCAAUUGCUAAUCAAGGAUGCUGGAGGGUGCAGCAGAUUGGCGGUUGCGCAAAUAAUGGUGACAUCAGAAUGAUAUCCACAAUGGUUCAGGUGAAGAACACUAGUUGGUCAGAUAAUUCGUACAAUGUCCCACCGCCGACAACAAGCAUCGAAGCUCGCAAAGAACUUUGCCAAUCUGACUGUGCCUGUGAGAUUGCAAUGUUUGACUCGUACUGCUCAAAGCAGAUGCUUCCUAUGAGAUAUGGCAGGAUGGUUCCUGGUAGCAACAUGACACUAUAUGUGAAGGUUUACACACGAGAUACCAGAGUUGUUAUCAGAAAGAAGGCUUCAAAAAGUGCUAGUUCAGUUGCCAUGUUGAUAUCAGGUGCUGCAUUGGCCAUCUUCUCAAUUGCUGUACUCUCUGUGUCCACAUUACUUUGCAAGAAUCGGCAGGCCUUGAGGUACACGAGACCUCCACAACAGCAAGACUUCGAACUUGAUGAGACUAUCGGCAUUCAAUCCUAUUCUUUCCAUGAUCUAGAGUUGUCCACAAAUAACUUUGCUGAAGAGCUGGGAAGGGGUGCAUAUGGUACCGUGUUCAAAGGUGUCUUGACCAGCAACAACAAGGAUGUUGCAGUGAAGAGGCUCGAGAAGAUGGCAGAAAAUGGGGAGCGGGAGUUCCACCGGGAAGUGCGUGCAAUUGCACGAACACACCACCGGAACCUUGUAUGCUUGCUUGGUUUCUGCAACCAAGGCAUGUACCGCCUACUUGUGUACGAGUAUAUGCCAAAUGGCUCCCUUGCAGAUAUCCUUUUCAAGUCGGAUGCACCCCCUUGUUGGGGCAAUAGGCUUGCGAUUGCACUGGAUGUUGCAAGGGGAUUACAGUACCUGCAUGAAGAGAUAGAGGGGCCUAUAAUCCACUGUGAUAUCAAGCCAGAGAACAUACUCAUUGACAGUUCCGGGGUGGCAAAGAUCGCAGACUUUGGCCUGGCGAAGCUGCUAAUGGGGAACCAGACACAGACUUUCACUGGCAUCCGAGGCACACGGGGCUAUCUCGCACCAGAGUGGAGCAAGAACAUGGCAAUCACUGUGAAGGCAGAUGUGUACAGCUAUGGCAUCAUGCUUCUUGAGAUGAUUAGCUGUAAGAAGAACAUGCAGCUGAAGCUGGCCGGCGAGGAAUGUAACAUUUCUGAGUGGGCCUAUGAGUAUGUGGUAUCAGGUGAAGUAAUGGAAGUGGCAGCCGGUGAAGGUGUCAACCAAAUCGAGCUGGAGCGCAUGCUGAGGAUCGCUAUCUGGUGCACUCAGAAUGUGCCGGUGACACGGCCUGCAAUGAAGAGCAUCGUUCAGAUGCUGGAAGGAAGUGCCGAAGUUCGCCAGCCUCCACCGCCAGCAUCGUUUUCGCAGUCACUGGGGUGAUCUGGAAGCAAAUGAAAAAUCUGAUUGUUUCUCUUCUUUUAUUUUGGCAACAGCAAACCUGGUUGUUUCUGCAAGACAAAAUUUAUUUCUCUCAAAUACCAGAUGAGAUGAUGGUAAGAAAAGGUAAGGUGAUUAACUGAAGCACAUAUAUGAUCUAUUAUGAUGAACAAUAAUCGGGCAUUGAAGCCAGAGAGAUGCUCAGAAGUGCUAGUAUACCGACAACCAAUGAUUUAAGUACCUCAAUGCGGAUCAUUGUUACCACUGGGCUCUUCCACAAGCCUUUUGCGCCAUGUGACACAUUUGCUACAGUGGUAUUCCAAAUUUGCAGCCCUCCCUUCCACGCCUCACCAUGAUCACUAACCUUCAAUAUCAGUACAACUACUGUUCAAUAUCAGUACAACUACUGUAAGACAUACACACAAUAUUAUAUGUAAUAACAGUCU